GUCAGAGGAAGCAAUAUGGAUCAUACUCUCUCUCUCUCUCUAUAAACUUAUCUCCUUCCUAUGUCGAGCAGAAGGCUUCUCUCCGAUGUCUACAAAACCCAUUGUCUUCUUCUUCUUCUUGCCCUGUUUUUGGUCAACUGCUAUGCUCAAACAAUUCCCAAUUGUGUCUCCUCUUGUGGAAAUAUCCACAACAUCAGUCACCCAUUUCGACUGAAAGGAUAUCCAGAACACUGCGGAAACAAGAAAUACGAACUGGAAUGCGACCACAAUCGUCUUGUACUGCGCUUGAAGUCCUCCGCAAAAUACUACGUCCACUCAAUCAACUACAACAACUAUACAAUCCGACUAGUCGAUGUUGGCUUACAACAGGGAAAUUGCUCCUCCCUCCCUCUUUAUUCUUCGUCGGAUCUCAACUUUACUGGUUAUUAUGGUGCCGCAGACGGACCAAAUUACUUAGCGUACAAUCCGGGAGACGAUGCUGCUGCUCUUGCGGCUUAUAUUUUUUACCGUCAUCAUCCAAUCCCAUGGGAUGUGGCUGUGGCACUCUGGGUAGAUUGUGAAAAGCCAGUAAAAUCUCGAUUGUACACGGAAAGUAAUACUAGUGCUUCUAGUUGUAUUGAUAAAGCAACUUCAUCUGCACUCUCUUCCGGGGAAAGGAGACGCUAUUCUUACUUUCUGUUCGGAAGCUUAAAACUUUCGGACGUGGCAGAUCAGUGCAAAAUAGAUGAGAUACGUAUAACAACGUUGUGGUUGCCAGCUGAUAAAAGCCAAGCAAACAUUUCCUACUCGGAUUUCCACAGUAAAUUGGAGUAUGGGUUUGAGCUUUCCUGGCUGUCCUCUCUCUGUGAAAAAUGCCAAGAACAAGGGCGCUAUUGCGAAAUUGGGUCUAAUUACAGCGCCAAUUGCUACAAAUUCUGCUAUUAUUGGUCCGACGCCCGAAACAGAACCUUUGGAUGUCUCUUGGAGAUUAUUUUCUAUGGUAAGUGCUCUCUGUCUCAUCUGAUUUUACUCUUUUGGUUUACAGUAUGUUAUUGAAAUGUUGUAAUCUGAUAGCCACAAGUAUCCCUGCAACUAUAGAAGAUUACUUUGGUCCUCUUUUAUUACUAUUAUUGUUGUUGUAGUUGUUAUUGUAUGAGACCUUUUGAGUAUCCUUGCAAGCUCUGUAUGGACUGGCCUUGUAAGAGUUGACAGAGCCUGAAAAACUUUGAAUAUGUGAUCUUAAUUAGGAGGAAGACAACACCUA